ACUUGUGUUUUUGACUACGUAUUUAUUAAAGUUAGAUUUGAAUGUAAAAAAUAUAUAUAAAAUGAUUUCAAGUAGGAUCUUCUUCUUCUUCUUGCUACGGGCGUUUCCGCAACUCGACGUCCUUAUGGCGCCUGUUUUGCGUGAGGAGGGUGUAUGGCCGGAAUCACUCCAGUCAGCCCAGUUCCGCCAGGAAGGCCCCCAGGGCCUUCACGUUGGUGACUGCCUCUUGAAGGUUUCCCGGUGAGCCGAGGUAUUUCGCCCGGUAUUCGGCCACUCCGUUGCAUUCCAGCAGAACGUGAGUAGCUGUUUCUUCUGCCUCCAUGCAUCCUCUGCAUAGGGGGCUGUCCGUGACACCUAUGUUGAAAAGAUGAAGUCUGUUAAAAUGUGCAUGUCCAGUAAUAGCACCUGUUGCCAUGCGCAAUGUAGGUUUGCUUAGCUGUAGGAGAGUUUUGGAGAAGGCAGCGUUCACCCGUGGCAAAGCGAGCUUGGUCAGCCUGCACAUCUCCAGAUCGAGCCAGUGUUGCUGGUGUAGUGCAGCUGUGUGCUCGCGGAUUUUAUUGACGAGACAGCUUACCGGUAUCGGGACAAUUGGUUCGGGUUCAAGUAGGAUAUUAUUUUAAAAUACACACCGCAGUUAUGUGUGAGUAAAUGCUCAUAACUUGACCAAAACUUGGUUCUCGGUUGCUCCCGGGUUUGAGCGCUGAUUGGUUCGAUUGUUUGUAGUCGCGUCGUUUGAUUGGCUAUUAUCUAUUAGGUGGAAGUGUAGUGUGGUGAGCCGACGACAUACCUUCCCGUACAAACGUCUUUGAUCACACUUCUAACCCUUUUUUGUGUUCUGUGCUUUUAACAGUCCUAACCUAAUGAUAGUUCUAUAAAAUAUGGAUAUAUUUUUUUAACUUGUCAUUAUCAACAACGAUUCAUUUGAAAUACAGAGAUAGCAACGUGAUGGAUCCGAAUUUAAUGCACGCAUUUGUAUCCAUACAAGAUAAUAACUGUCAUUUUACGGAACCUUAUCGUAAGAAAUUGAUAUUAUUCUAUAAAUCAAUUUAACAUUUUCUGAUUGUAACCACCGGUCUCCAGUGUACAAUUAGCAAGUUAAAUAUUGUUUUUUCCCUUUUACAAUUAAACCACACGUUGAUAUCAAAGUGAAUGUUAUGUGACAUACCUCCGGACAUAUUUCAAGAUCUAUAUAUCACGAUUAUCAUAUGAUAAGAUAUAGUGAUAUCGAAUCUUUCAGUAGUAAACAUGGUGUUGAUACAUAUCGCGAUUUUAAGUGUUUUGUUUUUACUGCUGGAAGCGACUUUACAAAAGUUCCCACCGAAUUUCAAGUUCGGUGCCUCCACAUCAGCAUAUCAGAUAGAAGGUGCUUGGAAUGUCAGCGACAAGUCCGUCAAUAUAUGGGAUGAUUACACACACUCUUCUCCCAACCUGGUGGGUGAUGGAAGCACUGGUGAUAUCGCCUGCGACUCCUACCACCAGUGGCGACGGGACGUCCAAAUGGCUAAGGAACUUGGGCUACAUUUCUACAGAUUUUCGAUAUCAUGGUCCCGUCUGCUACCGCAAGGGUUUGCAAACGAAGUGAGUGCGGACGGAAAGAAAUACUACAAUGAUCUGAUCGACGCCCUCUUGAAGAGCGGGAUUGAACCAGUGGUGACCCUGUACCAUAUGGACCUGCCCAUGAGGCUGCAGAAUUUAGGUGGGUGGGCCAAUCCCCUCAUCUCCGAUUGGUUCUCAUCCUACGCCCGGGUGGCGUAUUCCCUAUACGCUGACCGGGUGAAGACCUGGGUGACUAUAAACGACCCUAUGGUCACGUGCGACGGUGGAUAUUCUGGUCUGAUGGCACCAGAUAUAAGGAGUCCUGAUGUGGGCUCGUAUCUGUGCAGCAAAAAUGUGCUGCUGGCUCAUGCGAAGGCCUGGAGGAUGUACGACAGGGAGUUCCGGCCGAAGUACUACGGUCAAAUAUCAGUAGCGAAUCAAAUAAUAUGGUUCCAAGGGGAAAAGAAAGGGGAUGAUGAGUUAGCCGAGUUGUUAAUGCAGAACAGUGUAGGUAGGUUCUCCCACCCAAUCUACUCGAAGGAGGGGGGAUGGCCAUCUUCUUUGGAGAAGAUCAUAGCAGAGAACAGCAAGAAGGAAGGCCAUUCCAAAUCCAGGUUACCUGCCUUCACUAGAGAGGAGAUUGAAUUAGUCAGAGGGACGUUUGAUUUCUACGGCGUGAACCACUACACAAGUCGCGUGGUCCGUCGAACGCGUCCGGGUGAAAAAAUAGGCGCAUGGCCGCUAUGGGGGUCAACUGAGUUUGAUGCUGUACUGGAUUCCAGGCCCGAAUGGACUGCUACUGCCAUAUCGUGGAUGAAGUUGAAUCCUAAAGGCUUCCGUGACUCGUUGGUUUGGCUGAAGAAGCAGUACGGAGACAUCUCGUACAUGGUGCUGGAGAACGGAUACCCUGACUCCGGAGCCGGUCUCAACGAACAGGCCAAGAGGAACUUCUUCAAGGAUUACUUGACCCAGUUGUAUUUUGCGAUACGAAGAGACAAAGUGAACGUGACAGGGUACGCCGCAUGGUCUCUGAUGGACAGUUUCGAGUGGACGCAAGGAUAUACGAGCAAAUUCGGCCUUUACCAAGUGGACUUUACCGACCCCCAACGUCCUCGCAAAGCCCGAAGUUCCGCCCUCUACUACGCGUCCAUAAUAGCUAACAACGGCCUAGGAACCGUCGACAACCACGGCUCAUACACCAUAGUAUGGGUCACUAUAGCGGUAUUACUGACAACUCUCGUUCUAUUCGCUAUGUUGAUCAAAUACUGCAACGUGGUUAGGGGGAAAACUACGAGGCGAUACGAGAGCGUAGGCUUGUCCGACAUUUCACUGUUUCCGGCACGCUCAUAAUCAAUAUUGUUAGAUUUUUUAAGGUUAAAAUACAUUAAUUGUUAAUUUACAA